CUUGGCAUUCAUCGCACAACUUAACAAACAAUAACAUUAAAUUUAGUCUUGAUGAGAGGCGAGGAGAAAAUGGCUGGAGCCGUAACCUCAACCGAUGAAACUCGACAGAAAAUCGAGGAAAAUAAGGAAAACAUUGAGGAACUUCGAAGGAAAUUUUUUGAAGAAAAUGCUCAAGAUGACCCAGAAUUUGAUGCGAGAGAUUUGGACUGGAUCCGAAGCUCUGAUGCCUACAUGUACCAUGUCCUUCUCAUUGGAAAGAUGAACCUUGAUAUUGCUCUGGAUAAACUCACCAGGAUAUUAAAAUGGAGGAAAGAAUAUGGAGUGAACGACCUUACCUUUGACUCCUUCCCUGAAGAUCUCCAACAAAUGGGUGGUUUAUAUUCUCAUGCAACAGACAAGAAUGGGCAUAGAAUCUUAUGGUACCGGGUGAAGCACUAUCAGAAGGGACCUGAGAAUCAGAUGUGGGCUAAAAAGAUGACUGUCUACUGGUUGAACAAACUCCAGAAAGAAGAUCCAGAGAACAGAAUUGUAGUAUUAGAGGAUAUGACAGGUGGAGGAGUAUCAAAUAUGGAUAUAGAUUUGAUUCGAUUCAAGAUCCAGUGCUUUGAGCUAUACUUCCCUGCUCUCGUUGAGAUGCUGUAUAUCUAUGAUAUGCCUUGGAUACUUAACACCCUGUGGAAAAUCGUUGAGAAGAUCCUCUCCCAGCAAGCCAGAGAACACAUCAAGUUUAUCAGAGGAAAGGAGGUUCAGACAUACAUUGCUCCAGAAUCAUUACCAGCACAUAUGGGCGGCACAGAUACCUAUGAGUGGGUCUAUGUCCCUGAAGAUCAUGAGGUGGAAGAUGCAGGUGAAGAGAUGGAGGAGGAUGAUGAGGAGAAGAAUGGAGAUACGUCUUUCAGAUCAUUGGAUGGUGACGGAGACCCAUCUCUCUUACCCAUUGUAAAUGCAGCUCGGUCGUUAAGACAAUCUAGGCAACCAAAGAAGGUUCACUUUCAAGAUGAUGUUGAUGGCAAGGAAAAUGUUGAUCCAGAUCAUUCGUCAUCAGGUAGAAAAAUUCAACGGAAACUUGGCAGCCACCGUAGAAAACCAAAAGUUAUGGAAGCACAUGCUGGGCCAUUAGUGACUAUUAGGCCUGGUGAACUACUUGUCUUUACACCUCCUGCUAGUAUAUCAGGAUCAGAGGGGAUCUCAGCUAGCCUAACCAUCACUAAUAUCACCGAUAAGAAAGUUGCUUACAAGAUGAAGAUAACUACUCCAGAGAGGUAUAAAGUUAGGCCUAGUAUGGGUCCUAUCAACCCAGGCUCAUCAAUACAUAUUUCAAUUACACUUCUCUCAGGUCCAGGAGAGUAUGCGGUAAGAGAUAAGUUCUUAAUCAUGAGCAGUGAUCCUGGUGAUGCAUCGUUCAAAACCACCUCAGAGAUCACAUACUUCUGGAAGAAUGUUAAAACAGAAAAUGUUGUGGAGCACAGGAUGAGUUGUAUAUUCAAUCCCUUGAAGAGCUCUAAAGGAGAACCAUCACAUCCAACAGAUAAGAAUAUGCAGAAUGUACUUAAUAAGUUAAAAUCAAUGGAAGAGCAGAUGAGUGAAUUAAGGAGUCAGAAUUCUAGAAUGAUCUGGUUACAGAGUCUACUGUUCUUCAUCAUCAUGUUAGUCUUCCUUUACGUCUUCAUUUUCAAAACCAACGAGGGUGCUGUUCUUACUCCUGCUCCUCCGUCACCUUGCUCCGAGGCCACUGAGAAGUUCUUACGAGGAGCGAGAGAAGGCUUGUAAUAAACAAAAAAUAUUCAGAGUGUGUUGGACGUAGAUUUGUCUUGACUUGAGUUAGACUGAUCUAUGGCAGGUCAUUUACUGAUAUUGAAUUAGGUCGGAUUAAACCAUUGCAAGCCAUUCCAGGGUAUUAAGGUUUCAAGGAGUUCUUCAGACUGAUAAUAAUACUAUUUGAAUCAAUGAUUUUUUGUUGUUGUUCAUUUCCACUACACCAUACAUAGAAAGAGUGUAACAUUACAUUAUCAAUCCAACUAUGCCACAUGCAAAAUUACAGAUCACAAUUCUUGUAAGUGUAAAUGGUGCAGAUUAAUUUUUAUUUAACUUACUUUAUUCUUACCUUCCUUUUUCUUUUCUUCACCUUUUUCCUUUGCCUUUUCUCCUCAUUUUUGUCUCACCUGCAUAGCAGAGUUAGACUAUAGGGGCCGCUUUUCCGACGGCGGCGUCAACACCAAAUCUGAACCGAAGGUUAAGUUUUUGAAAUGACAGCAUAAAUUAUAAAGUAUAUGGAUCUGAUUCAUGAAACUUGGACAUAAUAGUAAUCAAGUAUCACUGAACAUCCUGUGCAAGUUUCAGGUCACAUGAUUAAGGUCAAAGGUCAUUUAGGGUCAAUGAACUUUGGCCAAAUCGGGGGUAUUUGUUGAAUUACCAUCAUAACUUUGAAAGUAUAUUGGUCUAGUUCAUAAAACUUGGACAUAAGAGUAAUCAAGUAUCACUGAACAUCCUGUGCGCAUUUCUAGUCACAUGACCAAGGUCAAAGGUCAAUGAACUUUGGCCAUAAUGGGGGUAUCUGUUGAAUUACCAUCAUAACUCUGUAAGUGUAUUGGUCUAGUUCAUAAAACGUGGACAUAAGAGUAACCAAGUAUCACUGAACAUCUUGUGCGAGUUAUAGUAGUUUUCAAAGUCAGCACUGCUGCUAUAUUGAAUCGCGUGAUGCAGGUGAGACCGCCAGAGGCAUUCCACUUGUUUUUUUUACCUUUUCCUUUCUUGCGCCCCCCCUGAAAGUGGCGCUUGGGGCAUGUACUGCGCCCUAAAUACGCCACUGAUUGUUUGCAAGAUUUAAAAAGUACUGUUUUUCUUUCUAAGACUAUUUUUUUAUGUUGAUGAAGGUGGCAUCUCUACAUCAUCAAUAUGUGAGUCUACAUUUCUUUUUUUAUUUUGUGAUAUAAACUAAUGUAAAUUUUUAUUCAUCCAGAAAACGUUUCAGUGUUUGGUUAUUCAAAUUUUUCUCUAUUCAUUCAAAUCACAUUAUUAUCAGUGCCCCUUUCAAUUUGGCAUUAUUUUUUGCCUGCCAAAGAUGAACAAGAGAACAAAGAAAACCCUAUAAAGCUAGGCUUCUGCUCUAAUGAUGGGUUUAUAUAGGCUUGUGAUUAUCAUUAAACAAAUGAUAAUUUGUUUUAUAAUUGAUGAUACACCAAAGCAUUUUUUAAACUAAAAUACGAUUGUUCAAAAAAAAAUUGAUGAUCAGUAGAUUGCUCUGAUUGGAUGCUGCAAAAUAUUUUGUAUAAAUUGAGGUUCAUAUUGGGACAAAUAGGUAUUUGUCUAUAUUUUAUGCAAAUUAUCAUGCAUUGCAUUAUUAUUUGCCAGUGUGUGAGAAUAAGGUCCUUUUCCAAUCAUUGUCUGCCAUUUUAUUUGAUACCAUGAAGGAAACAUUAUUUUGUAUCAUUUUUGUAGCAUGUAAGUUUGAUGUGUAUAAGUCAUUUCUACAUUCUUACUCUUUUAUGAAUCGAGUGUAUUGCAAUGUUAAUUUGCAAUAAUUCUUAUCUCUGAGAUAGACUUAUGUACUUUUUAUUAAUACAAUAUUGUUUUUUAAAGAUUUUUUUUAUAAUAAAAAAAAUAUUUUAUCAGAUUCUGACUGUAAAAGAAAAAUCAUAAAAUAAUGGUUGGUAGGGUUUGAGGAAAUAUUCUGUCGGUAGGACGAAUCUUUUCUUGAGUUUUUGACUGAUCUUGUAUGAUAGAAACCAGUUACCAGUAUGUAUGUCUCUGUGAGAAGAAUGCAUGUUUUACAUAGAUAUGUGUUGUAUCAGGUUUCCAAUGCAGAUAGAGUUGAGUUGUUUAAUGCAACUUUUCAAGUUAGUGCACAUCUCAAACGUAUGCUUGUGAAGGGUUGGAAAUCGAAUUGCGUUUGAUUUUUAGAUUAUUUAGUUUAUUUAUUGCAACUUUACAAGUAAGUGCAAAUCUCAUACGUAUGCUUGUGAAGGGUUGGAAAUCAACUUGCGUUUUAUUUUUAGAUUUGCAUUUAAUUGCUGCUUUCUGCUAUGGGGCCCUGAUUUAUCUUCAUAGAUUUGCUCUUGCCAUUCUUAAUAUUAAUAUGUCAACUGUCUUUAUAGAGAUCUCCUAGGUUGUAGUAAUUAUAUUUAACAUACUGUGUUAUUGUGAAUAUUUAUUACAAACAUGAUUUGCUUACAUUGAAUGAGAUUUAUGGGCCUAAAUUCACACACAAAGGUGGUUUUUAAUGGGGGGGGGGGGAUGAAACCACGGUUCUUGAGAAGAAAGCAACUGAACAGGUGAAUUGUCAUUCCCUGUAAUUUUAUUCUAUGACAGACCUGCCAACCUUCUACAAAAAAAAAGUAUUCAGAAGGAAAAAAAAAGUAGACAGGUCAUAUUACUGUUCCGACAAGUUGGGAGCCUGUGAUACGGUACUUAGAAUGAUUUUUAUAAUGUUAAUUAAUUCACAUAAACAGUGGACUCACUUACGGUUGUGCUAAAAAGUUAGUGAACCCCACCAGAAAAUGCAUUCUUUCAUGCCGAGUGUUGAAUAUAGACAACCCUACAAUGUUCAGUAAACCAAGAGAAACAAUCUUUAUUGAAUGGAAAUAUUUUAUCACCUGACUUCAAUAUAAAAUAUCUGAAACAUGGCGGAACCUUAAAACUUUAAAUAUGUUCAUUUUCUAGUGGGGUUCACUAACUUUUUACCACCACUGUUUGCAGUCACCUCAUAAAUAAGUGUAACAAAAGUAAUCAUUCAAUAUUGGACUCCUUUUCUAUAUUGUAAUCAAUGAAUGCAUCCACAUGCACUAAAAAGCAUUAAAAUUUUUAUUUUCAUGCAUGAAAUUUUAACAAGUUAAAAAUUUUGGUAUCAUCUAAAAGAGUUAUAAAUGUUCGACAACCUCUGUUAACAUUAUCUUAUCUUAUUCUGUCAAUGAACUGGUAGCAUUUGAAUAGUCAUUAUGGUACAGGAAUUGAUAGUCUUCAACAAGCAAAGACCUUUGGUGCUGUAUGAGUUAUACUUCGUUGUUAAGACCAGAACCUGUGUUUUUGUCUCGCCUGCAUAGCAUAGCGAGACUAUAGGCACCGCUUUUCCGACGGUGAUAGCGGCGAUAGCGACGGUGAUAACAUCAAAUCUUAACCUAAGGUUAAGUUUUUGAAAUGACAUCAUAACUUAGAAAGUAUAUGGACCUAGUUCAUGAAACUUGGACAUAAGGUCAAUCAAGUAUUACUGAACAUCCUGCCUGAGUUUCAGGUCACAUGACCAAGGUCAAAGGUCAUUUAGGGUCAAUGAACUUUGGCCAAGUUGGGGGUAUUUGUUGAAUUACCUUCAUAACUUUGAAAAUUUAUGGAUCUAGUUCAUGAAACUUGGACAUUAGGUUAAUCAAGUACCACUGAAUAUUCUGUGCGAGUUUCAGGUCACAUGACCAUGGUCAAUGGUCAUUUAAGGUCAAUGAACUUUGGCCGUGUUGGGGGUCUUUGUUAAAUUACCAUCCUAACUCUGAAGUUUAUGGAUCUAUUUCAUAAAACUUGGGAUAUAAGAGUAAUCAAGUAUCACUGAACAUCCCCCUCUGAGUUUCAGGUCACAAAACCAAGGUCAAAGGUCAGUUAAGGUCAAUAAACGUAGGCCAUGUUGGGGUAAUUGUUGAAUUGCCAUCAUAACUUUGAAAGUUUAUGGAUAGAGUGAAUGAAAUGUGGACAUGGGUGUAGUUGACAAGUCUUAAGUCACUGUUCAAAUGUCAUCUAUGGUCAAUGAACGUGGUAUUAUGUCAUUAUAUGAAUGGUGUUUUUGUGAAUGAUUAUUUUAUAGUAGUUUUCAAAGUUAGCACUGCUGCUAUAUUAAAUCCUGUAAUGCAGGCGAGACUGCCAGAGGCGUUCCACUUGUUAAAUGUAAAGAAUACUGUUUUUUUUCUUCAAUUUUUCAUACAAUUACAUGUAUGAUUGUAAACUGAAGAAAAGAUAUACUUUGAAUUGAGAUUCUGCAAGUGUAUUAUGUUAAUCAUUCUGAAAACAACAGAUCUCAAUCAUGUUUACAUUUUUUUUCAUGCCGAUUUGGAUUGAACUUCUGUGCAGGGGUGUGAGUGGUCACUAUAUAAAAAGAUCAGAAAAAAGCUGAAACUUGUAGAAAAAGUCUGAAAUAGAAAGAGCUCCCAUACUUUUU